AUGACACCGCCACCGCAGACCCGCCGCCAGCAGAAGCCAGUGCUCGCUGAGCCAGUGGUUUCGGAGGCGGAGCCAGAGUUCGCAGAGCUGGCUGGCCUCCCGGGUGAGGAGGAUGAGCAGGCUCAGGAGGUCUCUGAUUCAGAGGCUACCGAGCCGGGAGCUUCAGAGGAUGAUGGUGGAGGUAUUGGAGAACCACCUUCGAGUGUAGCCUCCCCGGAAAAGCCCGCGCCGCCGGUGGGAAAGAGCCGAACAGUGACGCCGCCAGCCCACGAGGGAAAGCCGGGCCCAAGCACAACAACGGUCACGCCACCAGCCCACCAGGGAAAGCCGAGCCCAAGCACAACAACGGUCACGCCACCAGCCCACGCAGGAAAGCCGAGCCCAAGCACAACAACGGUCACGCCACCAGCCCACACAGGAAAGCCGAGCCCAAGCACAGGCGACAAGACGACGCAGCCAACUGCACGCAGGACCAAUCCAUUGGAGAAGCAGCUCGCGGCUAUGCAGAGACAGCUUCAGGAGCAAGCCAGCUUGAUUGCAGGCUUCCAGAAGGCUGACACGAAGCCCGUGGAUCCGAUGACAGAGAAGAUCCGCUUGCUGGAGGAGCAGCUUCACAAGCAGGCCGAGAUCAUCAAGCAGCACCAGGCUGGAACGGCUCCCGUUCCGAUGCCGAAGGCUCCGAAGAAUGCCGCUCCUCCCGACUCGGUGUCGGGCGAUGGUGCGAAGGCCGGCGAGUCCGGUGAGAGCCUGGAUGCUGACAGCAUCAUAAUGCCGGACGGAACAAAGGUAAUUAGCCACGACGCACUACGAAUGAGAUUGAAACGACUUUGUGAAAAAAAGAAAAGCGGCAAAGCGUGGGUGUCGGAGGAGCUAACUGCCGAUUGGAAGUCCGGAGGAUCCUCGAGAGAGGCCUUGGAAAUCGCCCUGCUCGAAACGAUCAAGGAACUGGGGGCGGAUGCCCCGCAUCAGAAAAUGCGGGCGGCCUUCGUUUGCAAGGUUACCUUCGUGAAGGAGCGCAUCCUUCAACGCGAGAAGGAGGUGACCGGAGAAUGGUUGACGGAGGAAAGAAUGAAGAACAAACACAGCUGGGGCAAGGACAUGAUCAAGCAAGUGGUUCAGUACUGCCUGAAGUUCCCGGCCACACUCACGAGGCCUUGGAAGUACAACACCAGCGUGACAGAAUAUUUUGUGGAGUUGGAGUCUACUUCGAAAAUCAAGCAAAGCGAGCUGGACAAGUACUUGCAUGAGUCAGCUCAGGAAGGAACAGCCGAGCACCCUGUCGAUGUGGCUUCCGGCGUUGCAUCGGGGUUUAUCGGUGACCCGACUUUGGACAGGGAGAAUGGCCGGGAGCCGCCGAAGGCGAAUGCGGAGCAGACGAAGGUUAAAGAUGAGCUUAAGCGCUACAUGGAUGCCCUGUUGGCGAAAAGCCGGACUGUGACGCGAAUGAUUGAGCAGCUCAACGAGCCCUACAACCCCAAGCCGACCGAAGGAACAGUCAAGUUGGCUGAGGAGCUGAUGAGCAUCGCCACGCCCACCUCGGGGGCGUACGAGCAGAUGGCCGGCCUGGUUUCCAAGCUGGAGAUGGAGGAUGUGGAUCAUGCUGGAAUCCAGAGGUUUGCCAUCGUCUUUCUUCUUGCCGCGCCGGAAGUGCCGCAGCAGGUCUCCGUGGACCUGAGCGACUACGUGCCCUUCGCCGGGCUGCAGGCUCCGAUCCUCAACGAGAUAAGCAUCGCCCUCACGGACUAUUGGAAUCAAACGGAGACCACCACGGAGAUCGGGAACCAAAUCUCGGCGGCGAGCCCGCUGCCGGCCGACAUCUUCUGCACCAGCCUCACGGCCUCCGGCUUCGUGCAGACCCCGGAGCUCCGGGGCACCCCCAUCGUGCUGAGGGCCAUCGACAACACGCCGUUGGCCUCCUUCGCCGCCGCCGGGAUCACCCUGGACCAGGACGUCACGGUCAACGCGGCGAAGACGCUCAACGCCACCAUGGCGGAUUUCGCCCAGCUGCUCGCCGGCUCCGUGGCGGCCACAGGCAAUGUCACCACCAACGGCAGUAUCCUGGCAAACCAGCAGAUCGAGAGCGACCUGCGGUUUGGGGCCCCUUUGCUGGAGUCGGAUCCGGCCGGCUUCUUCCUCACCCUUCGGGGCGGCACCCAGGGCGUCCUGGUGGACGACACAUUCCGGGUCAACGGCGCAAUCGCUCCUCAGGCCAGCCUGCCCUUGCAGCGAUGGUGA